UGCGAGUCUCACUCUGUGAGAGAGCUAUUUAUGCAAAUUUAAAGGGAUUCUCCUUCCUCUGUCUUUGAUAAAAACUAGAAUUUAGAGGUUAUUAGAGAUACCCAGUAAUGAUCAGAACAAGUAUUGAAACGAAAAUCAAGAAUUAAAGUGGAGGGAGCGAAAGAAGAUAAUACAGAGGUUGAAAUGAAGAGGAAAAGAGAGUUGGAGAAGGUGUCAGAAAUAAAGUCUGCCAUUGAAGAGCUCUCUGUUAUGGUCAGACUUAAACCUGGUGAUAAUCAUGAUGCUGCUCACAUCCCCACAAAGCCAUUUCUCCAUGUCUGCAACUCGGUUCUUCAAGUUCUUGAUAAGAUUGGACCAACAAUGGCUGUUCUGAGACAAGACAUUCAUCAGAAUAUUCAGAGAUUGGAAAUAGUCCAUGAAUCUGACCCUUCACUGUAUUCGAAUUUGGUGGAGAUAUUGAAGAAAGAGGCCAGUGAAGGCAAUGCAAGAAAGAAUACAAGCUCUAGCAAAGCCGUUGUUUGGCUUACCAGAGCCAUGGAUUUUACUUUGGCACUAUUACAAAAAUUAGCAACAGAUCCGGAGCAGAGCAUGGAAGAAGCAGUGGAAGAGUCUUACAACAUCACUUUGAAGCCAUGGCAUGGAUGGAUUUCAUCAGCUGCUUUCAAAGUAGCUCUAAAACUAGUGCCUGAUAACAAAACCUUCACUGAUCUCCUCAUGGGAAAAGAUGGAAGCAAUGACACCCUUAAAGAGGAAACUCAAACCUUGAUUACAUUACUUUCGCCUUUUCUAGAGGAAAUCCACUCCAUCAUGAGAGUAUAUAAAAUGGAUAAGGUAAAGUCUACCUAAGGAGAUAUCAUAUAAAGAAAGCAGAACACAUGUAAAUAUAUAAAUAGCUAAGGAGUAAAUAGGGUAUCUGUCUUUUUUCUUUCAUGGAAUAUAAACAUGUAAAUAGUGUUACGGAACAACUAAAAACCACUCACAGCUGUUAUAAUGUAUAGAUUUAUACAUAAAUACCAUCUCAUCAUCUUUUUAGCAACAGCUGCCAAUGGGGUGACAAGGAACAUCUUUCUAGGAUAAACCUAGCUAAAAGACCAUGCUAAAUCCCCAAACUUCCAAGCACAUUCAUCAAAAUCUAUUGCACCUCCUUCCUUCUCAAAUUUGUAAUGUGUAUAUAUUCACUAGAAUUUGAGACAAUUUAUAAGAAAAUCAGGCUUGGAAAUUCAGCUGCCCCUGAGACCAACAGACAUGUGUUCCUUUAAUUUGGAAGGAAGGAGGCCUUCCGAUAGAAAGAAUAGUUUAAUAGAAUUUGAGGUUGAAAGAUAUCCCAAAAGUGAGUGAGAGUUUGUUUAUUGUUUGAGUGUCUGAGAGUUCAUGACAAUUAGUCGAAUGUUUGUAAUGGUCCUGUUUUGUGUGAAUGUGAUCUGUUUUACUAUU